GCACUACGUUGCCUUGACAGCAUUCCCUUUUAAAUCUGUGUAUGACUUCAAAACUAUAUUGCAGUAGGUAAAUUGAAUCGUUAUAAACUGUUUUGUUUGAAAUUGUAAAUGAAUCUGUUAACAAUGAAUCUCGGCGGGUUGAAUUAUUGAAUGAUUCCUUAACAGUUGGAUUAUUCAAUAAUAUUAAUGAUGGCUGGAUGGUUACCUAUUUUUGUGAACUAUUGGUUGUUGAUUUGAAAUAUAGUUUUCAUUGGUAAUUGUUGUUACAUUUACACCUUUUUAUAUUUUAUAUGAUUCCUGACUCUGUGCACAUUAUGCUGUUAUUUGGAUUUAAAUUGGCCACUAUUUAAAGAUCUCUAUUUAUUUGCUUGUUUACCUGAAAACAUGACCUCUUGGAAAGAUUGGAAACAUUGCUCAUGUUUAAGACCCUGUUUUGUUUACUGUUUGAAGCCUUGCUUCUCGUCAUUAGGAGAAGAGUAUGGCUUCAAAGACUGUAAACAUUUAGAUUUUAGCCAUUGCAAUCUUAAAGAAGUGCCGGACGAAGUGUUUUCACUUGAAAGAACUUUGGAAGAACUGUUACUCGAUGUUAAUUCUAUCCGUGAUUUACCCAGAGUUGUUUUCCAUUGCACUGGUUUAAAAAAAUUAUCAAUUUCUGACAACGAGAUUGAAACGUUACCAAACGCCAUAUCCUCUUUGGUUUAUUUAGAAUAUCUCAACUUAAGUCGAAACAGUCUAUUAGUUAUUCCAGAUGGUAUCAAGUGUUGCAAGUGCCUUAUUGUUCUAGAUUGCAGUGUUAAUCCAUUGGGUAAAGUUCCUGACUCGUUAACGCAGUUAAUCAAUCUUCAAGAGCUUUAUCUGAAUGAUACAUUUUUGGAAUACUUGCCGGCCAAUUUUGGAAGGUUAUCACGUUUACGGAUUGUUGAAUUGAGAGAAAAUCAUAUAAAAAUUUUACCUAAAUCGUUUCAACGCUUAAUCAAUUUGGAAAGAUUGGAUAUUGGUCAAAAUGAAUUAGCUGAAUUUCCCGAGGUGUUGUGCAAUCUGACUAAUCUUCAAGAACUCUGGAUCGAUGGUAAUCGUAUUUCAUCUCUGCCCGAGACACUUGGAAAUUUAACGAACUUGACUUAUUUAGACGCCAGCGAAAAUCGGAUAGUUGCUGUAGCCUCCAACAUUGCUGCAUGUCAUAAAUUGACUGACCUGCUACUUUCAGGUAACAAAAUUGUUGAACUUCCUGAGACUUUGGGUAGCUUGAAAUAUCUUACUUACCUAAGAUUAGACGAUAAUAAAUUGACCAGUUUACCGCAAUCUAUUGGAGGACUUUCUUCUCUUCAAGAAUUUGUGAUGAGUAAUAAUUAUAUUCAAUCCCUUCCCAAGAAUAUUGGUUUCUUGCGGAAUUUGCACAGUCUUAUAAUGGACUGCAAUAAAUUCAAAACACUACCAGAUACCAUUUGCAGUUGCAGUAAAUUAAGACUACUUUCAGUUGCUAGCAAUGAUCUAUCAGAACUUCCUGAUGAUAUUGGUCGUUUAAGUAAUCUAAAAGUAUUAAACCUGCGGAACAACCAGCUUAAAUUUUUGCCUUACAGUUUUGCUAAUAUUACCAACUUACGUACACUUUGGCUGUCAGAUAAUCAACAAAAGCCGAUUAUGAAAUUGCAAACUGAUACCGAUGAAAUUACCGGUAAAAAGGUGUUGACUUGUUUUCUUCUUCCUCAACAAGCGCCUUUUAAUCCUGAUGAAGCUUAUUUGAGUGAUCAUGAUGACCCUUCAUCAUCAUCUAAAGGUGAAUCAAAAAUGUACAACUCGGAGAGCAGAAUUAAAUUUUACUCUGCUAGUGGAGAAAUUGAUGAGAAAGAUGACCAAUUUAUAAGUAAACUAGUUCGUAAUCCCACACCUUAUCCGAAAGAACUUAAAGCUCAUGCUAGACAUGCAAGGAACUUGGCAUUGAAACGUCGAGAUUCAUUUGGUAAUGGAGAGGAUGAUGAUUUUCGACCUAAAGAAACUUUAUAUCAACAACCAUCAAACUCAUCUAAAGGACCAGAUAGAGCUAGUCAUACAGAAAUCAAAGAGGCAAAAUUAACCAAAGCCUCAAAAUGUGACCGAGAAUCAUCAGUUCCAAAGAGUGAAUUAAAUUAUGAAAGUCAACAAACAUCUGAUCAAUAUCAUCAAUACCCUGCCAUCAAUCAGGAAGAACAAACAAUGCUUUUAAAACAAUCAAAUUCACCAGUAACUUUUGAAAAUCGUGAUUCCCCCUCACUUAACAUUGCGACUCAAAAUCGAAACACAGCCAAUCCACCAAUUAUCACCGACCAUCCAAUUGUUGAAAGCAAAAUGAAUUUUUAUCCACAAUUUCCAUCAUCGGCAAAUGAAUGUUAUUCAAUGGUUGUUGAUCAACAAAAUCGGCCAGUGACAAUUUACAAUAAUAACUCAGUUGAAAAUUUGCUUUCAAAUUAUCAAGUCAAUCUGUCUAGCCAAGAAAAUUCUCGAUCUAAUCAUCAAUCACCGCCAUCAUCUUUAUCACCACCUUCAUGUAAUCAACAUCAAACGUUGGAAAAACAAUUACUUAUGAGAACAGCAGGUUAUUCUGUACAAAGAGAAACACCAUCAUCUCAUCAUGCUUCAUACUUCCAAGAUAAUUCUUCAUCAAGUAAUCCAUUAAUUGGAUUGAAUGAGGCUAAUCGUUCAUCUAUUAAAAAUCUUUCCUCGCACAGUAAUGUCAGUGGUUCUGUUGGUGGUGAAAAUAAUGGAGCCCAUAUAUUAAAUUUUUCUGGACCAGAAAACAAGGUUUCUUAUCGUAAUCAUGAUUUACACCAAACUCUCUCUCAAAAUCAAAACUUACCCAUCUCGUCAGAAGAGGCCAAAAGGAUUCAUAGUUCGUCAACCACCAACCCAUCCACUAGUCAAAUUGUUCACCAAUCUUUACGACAUUUAUCCAAUGAUGCCAUAAACAAUCAAUUAUCAAAGAUAAUGCUGAAAACGUCCACAUCAAUAACACCUAAUAAAAUAACACCAUUCAAUGAGAGCGAUAAAUUUUUUGAUAAAAAAUUUACUUGUUUACCACCAACGGCCACUUCUACCAACCAAUAUAGAUACAUUAGUUCACCAGCCCAAGUAAUUUAUCAACAAUUCUCUAUGGGUCUUGAUCAAUUGCCAACAAAUCACAAAACCCAUGCCCUUUACCACCAAAAUAAUUCACCAACAGCAAUGAAUCCAACGUCAACCACAAAUCAACAAAGUCAUCUUUAUAAUCAACACAAAUCUUCACGAAAUGAAAGCUCACUCAUCAGUGGUCAAGAAUCAUUCAUUCCCAUAUCUCCUCAACCAACCGAUAGCUUGUUGACAACAACAACUAAUUCCAGUGGAAGUUAAUGAUCUUUCAUUCAAAUAAUGUUAUUAAUUGUGCUUAAAAUUUCAUCUUGCAUUUAUUAUAUUAUAUUUUCAUUUCUCCUCUCAUUCCUUUUGAUUCUACUUAAUGAACAGAAAAUGUUCAAUUAUGAUUUAUCCUAUUAAUUUAUUUUGACUUUAUUUUUUACUGUUUUGUUUAAAAUUUCCCUCCAACAUUUGUACCCAGUAAAUUAUGUUUAUUUAACUUCGAGAUUUUUUUCAUCAUCUAAAAAUAAGUUAAUCACUGCACUUUGUGAAUUGAUCACUACAUUUUCACUUAAACAACAAAAAGAUCAAAACACUCUUAUAUUCUAAUCGAAGAAAAACUGAUAAUCAGCAAAUUGAAUUUGCGAGAAAAAUUCAUCUUCUAUCAAUCUGAUUGACUUUAAUUUCACGUUAAUUGAUCGAUUAAUAAGUCAACGAAGAAAAUAACUUGAAUAAAAUCAAAUAAUCUAUUCAA